GCGUGAUCAGAAACAGGAUUUGCUUGCUCGGUUCCUCGCUGUCGUCGUUCGCAUUCCUGAGUCGACUUGACUAACCGAGAUCACACCUCUCCUGGGACCACCACACAAUUUAAGUUUUCUUGUUGUGCCCAUUUGAUAACAAAAUGGACGCUCUGCAAGCCACACACGAUCUCAUCUUGGACUACGAUCUGCUGCAAACUGGCCUGGGGAGUGAUGUCUAUACCGAUGCUGAUCUGAUGACCAUUAUCGACGAGAGGGAUCUCCUGGAGAUCGGGGACGACUUCAGCAACAGCUCAGAGGAUGAUCUCUCACUAGCCGCGUUGGACACGCGCGGGUUCUUGGGUCCGACACAAUUUAACGCCAGCAGUCUCGACGAGUCUGUUCCGUGGCCUAAAGUUUCUUCUCAACUAUCAAAACGGCGGCAAAGAGGAGUAUCACGCAAAACCGAGAUUGAGGCAUUGAGGAAACUGGCGACGCAACUAUCAAAAAAGAUCGAGGAGAUGAAAGCUGCUGAUGCGAAAUUACAGGCGUCGUCGAAGAACGAGGCCGGGAACGCUCUGGUGAAGACGUUGUGGAAGGCCAUGGCGUCCAGACAGCUGACGCUUCGGAAGUCAGCGGAAGCCCUCAAUACCAAUCUGCGGGACGAGGUGGUUUUUCAAGCCAAGUAUGCUGCGAACCUCAAGCGCAUGCUGAACCGACGAUAUAGCGAGGAGAUGCUAGAAUCGGUGCCAAUCAAAAAGCGCGCCGGACGUAUAGUCAUCAAGACUUCUGCUGAGAACGAACAGAUCUUCAGGGGACUAUUGGAGACUAUCAACCACAUCUAUGCCGGCAUCGAUGAUCUGUUCCUCGAGAAGGGGAUGUCGAAGCUGCCGUGUCCGGGACGGGCCCAAGAAGUGUAUCCAACGACAGUAAACGGUCUGUUCAUUGAAUUAAUGGAGAGAAACCAGGUCCCAUUCAGUGCUAGUCGAACUGGUGCGGCUGUCUGGAAGGCUGCGUGCGGCAUGAAGACACCGGAUGGCGGCAUUGUCGAUGUUAAGAUGUGUGCACAGGACACUCAGCAAUCGGAGGACAUCGUCACGAUGUAUAUUAACUACACGUGCAAUGCUGCUGGACACUCUUUGAACAUGCAAGAACGUCGAGUCGGGCGGAAAUACGUCGAAGAAGAUCGAGUCGUGUUUGUAUUCGUAUGCUUGGCUGAGCUCAGUAGUCGAAGUCUCGGUCCUCUCGGUUUAUCAUUUAAAGAACCAUCCGCGGUCGUUGUGCGUAAAGGCCCAAGGCUCGCAUCGGGGCAGGAGACUGCCGUCAUUGAGACAUAUGUGCGGUGGACUCGAUGCGACGACGGUAAGGAAAUAGCCAGCCAAUUCCGCGGUGCAGCCUUCGUGGAUUCAGUGUUCGAGACUUUGAACAAGAGGGUCUCACUUUUCAGUGCACGCGUCGAAAAUAUUUUGUUUGAGGACUAUGUAGUCUCUGUUACUGAGUGCUAAACUGAAUUUGAUUUUUUGCUACGGAAA